AUGGAGAAACGAAUUUUGAUGUUAAAGCAAACAUCAAGAAAGCACUCGAAAAAUGGUGGAACCAAGCAAAGAACGCAUAUAUUUACAAGGAUAACAAAUACCAAACGACAGUCCAUGAAUUUUCAAAUUGGUUACAUGGGCGACUCUAUCAUGUGGCGUGACGGAAAGUAUUGUCGAACCAGCAACGACUGCACGAUUUUUCCAAAUUCGAAGUGUGAAGACGGACUAUGCAUCAAACCUAAACAGCAGCCAGAUAGCAACAAAUCAGAAAUGUGCGAAGGCAGCAGCGGAAUGACAGAUGCUGUGCGAAAGACUUUCUUGGACACGCACAAUUUCUACAGCUGCGAACUUGAACAGUCGUCCACGUAUCAUGCGGGAUUCUGUCAGUUCUCACAUUCAUCUGGUGAUUACGGCGAAAACAUCUACACUGUCUAUACACCACGCUUUGAGAAGCGCGUUAUAGCUGAGAUGGCCACAGAAAGUUGGUUUGAAGAGCUAGAGGAUUUCGGUGUUGGAAAAAAUGUUAUUCUCACACAGCAACUGUUUAACCGCUAUCCAGGUCAAAUUGGUCACUAUACUCAGCUGGUAUGGCAGGAAACAAAAUAUGUUGGCUGUGGAAUUAAAGAGUGUUACGACAAAACGUUGGUCGUGUGCCAGUACAAGAAAGCAGGAAAUCGGUUCAACAACAAGAUUUACGACGUUGGCCCACCAUGUUCGAAAUGUCCAUCGCCACAGAGAUGCAAUAAAGCAGAAGGGCUCUGUUUCGUUUAG